AGGAGGUGGCACCAGAGGCUGGCUACAUUCUUAUGAGGAAAACCACUUUGUAACGACAAUUCAUUAUCGUCAGUUGAGCUGGUUCACUAUCCCGGGAAACAUGACGGGGGAGACGCACAGAGUGUUGAGGCUGUGUCUGCAUCACAUGGCUCUGCUCCGGAAAUACCCACCUCCCGGCUCCUCACUCCAAACAACCAGAUCCUUCGGUUCACUCAGGGAAGGAAAGCGCAGAGGGCUGCUAUGGAAGACGCUUGUUGGCGUCUCUGUCGGUGUGCCUGUGGCAGUGGGUGUCCAGUAUGCUGCGUCAGCACCAAGAGAGAGGAGGAAGAUGAGGAUCGUGAUUGAAGGAUUUGGUCGCUUGUGCAGAUCUCUCUCUGUGGGAAUCUUUAUCUCUGUGGAUUACUGGUGGACCACCAAUGUGACUGUCCGAGGCCUCGAUGAGAGCAGCCCAUCCUACUUGGCGGAGAUGUCAGCCUGCCACCAGAGGACAGCAGAGUGCAUGGUGGAAGGAGCCAUAAGGAACGGCGGCAUAUACAUCAAACUCGGCCAAGGUCUGUGUUCCUUCAACCACCUCCUGCCCCCCGAGUACAUCCGCACCCUGCAAAUACUGGAGGACAAGGCCUUGAACAGGAGGUACAAAGAGGUGGAUGCUCUCUUCCAAGAAGACUUCGACAAAACCCCAGAGCAGCUUUUUAAAACGUUUGACUAUGAGCCCAUCGCUGCCGCCAGCUUGGCUCAGGUUCAUAAGGCAGAACUGUUUGACGGGACUCCCGUUGCUGUGAAGGUGCAGUACAUCGACCUCAGGGAUCGGUUUGACGGUGAUAUCAGAACAUUGGAGAUCCUGCUGGAUAUUGUUAAGUUCAUGCACCCUAGCUUUGGAUUUCGAUGGGUACUUAAGGACUUGAAGGGUACUCUGGCUCAGGAGCUAGACUUUGAGAAUGAGGCCAGGAAUUCUGAGAGGUGCGCAGAGGAGCUGAAACACUUCAGUUUUGUUUCUGUCCCCAAAGUCUUCUGGGAGCAAACAAGUAAGAGAGUGUUGACAGCAGAGUUUUGCAAUGGCUGCAAAAUCAAUAACGUGGAAGAAAUUAAAAGGCAAGGAUUAAGUUUGAAAGAUACUGCAGAUAAACUGAUCCGAACAUUUGCUGAGCAAAUAUUCUACACCGGUUUCAUCCACGCUGACCCUCAUCCUGGAAAUGUUCUAGUGAGACGAGGUCCUGAUAACAAGGCAGAGUUGGUUCUCUUGGACCACGGCUUGUACGAGUACCUCAGCGAACGUGACAGAGUGGCCCUUUGUAAACUGUGGAGGUCCAUAGUCCUGCGAGAUGAGGCAGCCAUGAAAAAGUACUCCAGCGCACUGGGUGUCAAAGAGUACUUCCUCUUCUGUGAGAUGCUGCUGCAGCGACCCAUCAACAUGCAGGAGCUGGGCCUGUCCAACAUCCUGAGUCGAGAGGAGACGGCCUACAUGCGUGAAAUGGCCAGCCACCGCUUCGAAAGCAUCAUGCAGGUGCUGAAGGCGAUGCCCCGGCCCAUGCUGCUCGUCUUCCGGAACAUCAAUACGGUCCGAAGCAUCAACAUCACUCUGGGAGCGCCGGUGGACCGCUACUUUGUCAUGGCCAAGAGCGCGGUGCGAGGCUGGGGGAAGAUUCAGGCAGAGAGGACGGGGAUGCUGCCCCAGCUCUGGGUCUUCCGCUGGGUGAGGACAACAUGGGAGGGCCUCAAGUUUGAACUGGCUUUGAGAUGGGAGAUGGCAUCGAUGAGUAUGACGCGCUCGGUCCUGGGCCUGCUGUCGCACUUCGGUCUCAUAUCUGUGGACGCAGAAGUGUACGAGUACCUGAGAUAGCGCAUGCGUCUCCAGCUCUGGAGGACAGAGAAGAAGGAGCUGUCCCAAGCCACGAGCUCAUGCAAUCCAACAGCAGGGAGCCUCUCACUACCGUAGCAGCUCUGAAAGGUGCUAGUAAUGGUGCUGCUCGAGCAUGAGCACUGUUUCCACACCAAAUCAUCCUCAACUCUGCUGUCAGACAGGACCUCUUCAGAAUGGGUGAGAAGCAAUUAAACUGCAGGACUACGAAGCAUCAGACCUACUCCAGAGUAGAGUCCCUACUGUUUUUAAUUAAUCUAAUUAUUAUUAUUGUUUUAGUCUAGUCUUAGGACAGCAAAUUGUUUUUAAAUUCAAAUUUGAAGCAUUUUAAGCUGCAGUUUGCUUUAAAGAACUGCUGACAUUUAUUCCAUGAGACAUCUAUCUGUAGCAUCCUGGCUAAGCAAUAUUAUUAUCUUCCACAAUUAAUGUGUAAUAACGUGUAAAACAAGCCAAACACAGCAAUGUUAAGCUGCCUCCACUGGAGCGAGAGUGAAAUCUCUUCAUGGGUUGCACUGAAACAUUUCAGGAGUGUAAGAAACUGCAGCUUUAAAUCUAGAUUUUAAAUAAACGUUAAUCAGUCUGUCAGGUGUUCUGCGAUGCAGGAAUGGAUAUUUGUGUUGGACCAACCCUUUCUGUUCAGUGUUACUUGGAUGAAAGCUCAGCUGUUGGUGUUCUUCAGCAGCGAAUGCAAUGAGUGCACCCCUCACAGGUCCAGCACCACCUCACCAAAUGUUUUAAAACAAAUUUAAUAAUGUUAAUAAA